AUGAAGACCUCCACCAGUGCAGUCUUGGCCGGCCUUGUGGCUGCUGCCACAGCCGCGGUCCAGCUCGAGGUCCGCUACAGCGACAGGAUGGUCGACGUCGGCACCCUGGACCUCAUGGAGGUGACCCGCAACGCCAUCUACGCCGAGGCGGGCAACGAGCGCUCGAUCCUGACGGAUCGCACGCACCAGGCCUACACGCAAACGUGCAAGUCGGCCGUCGACAACGGGGCGGACGUGUCUGUGCAGGUCAAGAUGACAGGCGCCUGGGGCCGCACGCCCGGUCUCAAGAACAACGAGAUGCGCGAGGGCCUCGUGGCCGGCAUCUUCGAGGCGCUCAAGCAGGUCUCGGAUGACACGGGCUAUGAGGUCUACAGCGAGUGCAUGGGCGGCACCUGGCAGGAGGGCGUCAAGUACGUGCCGGAGGCGGCGUGCGGCCCGCUGACCACCUCGGGCCAGAAGUGCGAGGAGCCCUGCCGCAGCGCCGUGGCCAGCCCCGGCACCACGCAGUGCAUGAAGCACGAGUGGGCCCACCGCGUGCCGUCCAUGAUGCGCGUCACCGCCUACAUCGACGACGCCCUCCAGCCCGACGACCUCAUCUUUGAGUUUGCCUCGACGCAAAACGCUCAGGCCGGAGGCUGCGGCAUCGUGGGCAAGAUUGCUAGCAAGCUGGCUUCGUACACCAUCCCCGUCGCUGGCGGCCUGUUCGCCGAGGGUAUCACCCUGCUGUGCGCCAACUAG